AUGACUAAAACGGUUUUGAUCACCGGUUGCAGCCAUGGAGGGCUGGGGGCCGAAAUGGCUAAGGUCUACCGUUCGAAAGGCUUCCGGGUCUUCGCAACACUACGCAACAAGGCUAAAGCUGGAUCUUUGAGUGAAAUUGAUGGCAUAGAAAUCGUCGAGCUUGAAGUCACAUCAGUCGAGUCUAUUCGUCAAUGUGCCGAUACUAUUACGAAACGCACAGGAGGGACACUCGACAUCCUCGUUAAUAAUGCCGGCGUUAAUGCCAUAGUGCCACUUCUAGACGCGUCCCUCGAUUAUGCCAAGAAGGUAUACGACGCAAAUGUCUGGAGCAUUAUUGCCAUGGCGCAGGCGUUUGCACCACUACUCAUUAAGGCCAAAGGGAUCAUGUGCAAUAUCAGCUCAGUGUCUAGCGAAAUGGUCUUUGCAUGGGCGGGUGUAUAUAGCAGCUCAAGGAGUGCUGAAACAAGGAUUUCCGAGACGUUGCGCCUCGAGAUGGCACCUCUAGGCGUGCGAGUCGUCACAGUUAUUCUUGGCGGUGUCCAGACAAGCGGAAACGACCCUGCUAAUAUUGCAGACCUUGAGCUGCCCCUAAAUUCGUAUUACCGAAAAAUAACGGCAGUCAUAGAUCGCCACAAAAAGACUAUGGUACAUCCCAACAAACAGAAUAUCAGCGUGGCAGCCAAGAACGUAGUCGACGACGUCCUCAAUGGGAGCGGCCCUUUUAUUCGACGCGGGCAGGCUUCUACUCUUAGUUGGCUUUGUAACACAUUCCUUCCUUACGGACUUUUCAUUUCCAUGAUCAAUAAGGAUUCAGCACUUGAUCAAAUCGGGUUUGUUGAGGAUAGCGCCUGAAUUCGACGGCCUUUCGAGCCAAAUCGUUGAAAGCACACUUAUGUAUCAUAUACUACUACCCAGCAUAUAGAAAUUCCCUACAGAAGGACAUUUGAGAAGAUUCUUCUCGCCUUCAUAAUUAC